UGAAUUAGUUAUUUGAUUUUAAAUUGUGUUUUGUUAAUAAAAAACAUCUUAAAAACUAUCGUUAUCUGAAUAAAGUAAUGAUAUUAAGUCGCAAAAAAUGAAAGUAGAACAAGUCGAAAUGGAAAUAGAAGAUACAAAAGUUGAAAUUAAAAAAGAAGCGGUUGAAAGUGAUGAAGAAGAUACAAAUGAAAUGGAUAUGGAUACAUUGGGUCCAGCUGCACUUGGGUUACAACGAGUAGGUGCAAAAGUGAAUCCAAAACCACCACCAACGCCACCCAUACAACCAUUAAAUCGACGGGGAAUGCCUGCCCGUAUUCGUAAAAAAAAUCGUUUAUUUUUCGAUGAUGAUAUUGUUAAUAGUCCACCACCAAGAGCAUCACCGAAACGUGGACCUAAACCAGCAAUUCAUAAAAAAACACCUAGUAAAAUCAGUACAUCGCAACAUAUCAAACAAAAAUCACAAACUUUACAGGCAGCCAAACGAAUUUUACAAAAUCAGCGAGAACGCGAUGAAAAAGAUAUUAAAGAGCGUGAAGUGAAAACAACUGUUCAAACUGUUAAUUUAUCGCCAGAUCGAAAAGUUGGUCAAAAAAUUGGUAUGCGUCUACGAAAUUUGCUGAAACUUCCAAAAGCACACAAAUGGGUAUGUUAUGAAUGGUUUUAUAGCGAUAUUGACCGUACAUUAUUUGAAGGAGAAAAUGAUUUCAUGAUAUGUUUGCGUGAGUCAUUUCCUGAAUUAAAAACACGAGAAUUAUCACGGGUACAAUGGACAAAAAUACGUAGAAUGAUGGGUAAACCUAGACGAUGUUCACAAUCUUUUUUCGAAGAAGAACGCAAAGAACUUGAACGAAAACGUAAUAAAAUUCGAGCUUUACAACAACGAAAAAUCACAGACUUCUCAAACUUCAGUAAAGAUUUACCAAACGAAAUACCUUUACAGUUAGUAAUUGGUACCAAAGUCACAGCUCGACUACGAAAACCACAAGACGGAUUAUUCACUGGGUCAAUUGAUGCCGUUGAUACGUCAAAUAAUACUUAUCGAAUUACGUUUGAACGACAAGGUUUGGGUACACAUUCAAUACCCGAUUAUGAAGUUUUAGCCAACGAACCACCCGAAACAAUAAAUCUUACAGUUGUUUGUCAAAAAUUCCGACCGCGACAAACAUUACCCGCAUACAUGACAAUGGGUUUGGGUAGUCAACAACGUGCAGGACCCAGUAAUCUAAGAAAUAAUAAUGACCCUCUAUUAUCCGGCCCAUCACUAACUCCAAAAUCAUCACUUCCUGAUGAAGGUACAUUAGGUGGUUUCCCCAUCAAACUAUUGGAGUUGAUUGUUCGAGUAACAAAAAUAUUAAACACAAAACGAGGUAAAAUAAAGAAGUUAAAGGAAAUGAAUACAGAGGCAGAAAAAUUACGUUCACAUGGGAAUCCAUUACCUGAAGAUUUUGAAAGGAAAUAUGCUGGAAUUGUUAUUGAAUUAGAACGAAUGAACCGUGAUUUACAGGAGUACCUGAAUGAUGUACAACAUUUUUGCCAAGAAAUUGCGCCUGAACCAAGCAUUGCAGCAAUGUUAGCACCUAGUCAUUUACGCGAACGUUGUCAUGAAGAAGCUGCUGAAAUUGUGGAACGUCAUAAUAACAGCGAAACAUCAAAUGAAGUUACAAAUCCUGAUAUGAUUGCACUAAUUACAGAUUUAACGGCAUUAAUGUUACAAGUAAAAAGUUUAUCAGAUUCCGAUCAAAAUGCAUAUGAAUUAAAAGUAUUGGAAGGGUCUGUACAUCAUAUUCGAUCAAAAUUACGUCCAGAAAAUUUAAAAGCAUUUCAAGAUAAUAUUGAAUUGCAUUUUCAACAUAUGAGUGUUGGAUUAGGACCGGGGCCUUCACAAUUUGUUUCACAAAAAUCAUAAUUAAUAAUUUAGAACAAAAUUUUACAUUUUUAUAUUUCUCUAAAUUUUUCAAAAUGCAUAAUAAUUUCAAAUGCUAUUAAGAUGGUAUUAAUCGUUAAAAUAAUUUCAAAGCUUUUACAACAGUCAUGGAAUAAUUUUAUAACGUAUCUCAUAAUCGCGCUUCAUCGCAGUAAUCUUGGAUCUUGUCAAAUUUUCAUGUCAUGUCACAGUAAUUUACAGAUUAUUUUUUAAAUGUUGAAAAUUUGGUACCUAAUUAGAAACAUUUUUCUCCAAAGUUGCCCUUAAAUUGUACAAUCAAGGUGAAUUCAACGUGUGACAUUAUCGAAAAUGCAGUGACAACCAAAAUUCAAGAAAUUUCUUUCUUAAAAUACGUUACUUUUUUAAAAUAACUUCCUGCUCUUUUUUAUAACAUAAUAAUUGUAAAUAGUCUCGUCUUUGUUUACUUUCUCUAAGUAAAAAGUAGGCGACCAAAAAGGAAAAAGAGUAUUACAAGCUCCGAGUCUCUAUUUUUUCGAUAAACAAAUAAAACAAAAGUCUAAUCUUUUUUUAAAUUAUCAUCUUAAUAGAUUUUACUGGAUCUUUUUUUAAUUUAAAAGACGUUUCACUGUAAAUAUAUUUA